CUUCUCCAUUGAUAUUUCAACAGCAUUUCGUUGAAGUAGAAGUGAUUCCAAUUCAUGUCAGUCUUGUGUUACUGAAUGUAGUUGCGAUGAUUGGAGAUGGUAUAUAUCAUUCACCAGAGUCAGCGGCUGCAGAAUUAGGCAACGCAUUUUAUUGUAAUAUAUGCGGCAGAUAUCCGCAAGUUUAUAAUAUAUUAGGUAUUCCAUUAGCCGGGAGUUUAUUUAUUCCAGGGGAAUUCUUUACAUUCUAUGACGACCGAGAUUGCAAUGCCUUAAGCGUUGUCUGUUCUAGUCUAUUAUUAAAUGGUGAA